AUGUCGCCGUUGACAGUUGCCAUCUCAGUCCACACCAAGCCUGGUUCUAAGGUCGCCACCAUCACAGGUCGUUCUGCCCUUUUCAGAUUCUCGAAUAAGCUGUUUGCAUCAGUUGCUUGGCAUGGAUGGUCCAAGAUCGCUGCCAAGUUACCUGGGAGAACAGAUAACGAGAUCAAGAACCACUGGAACACGCACAUCAAGAAGAAGCUCGUCAAGAUGGGCAUCGACCCAGCCACGCACCAGCCUCUAGCCAACUCGAAGGCGGCUGCUUCCUCGCAGUCCACUGUUACAGAUGAAUCUGCUAAAACCAGCAACACCAGAAAGGAGCUGAGCUUGAAGAAUGAUGGUAGCCGUAGGGAGGCUCCACUGUCCACUGAUUCGUCGGAGCAGUCAAGCUGGCCAGAGUCAGGCUCAUGCAGCAACGUCUGUGAUCAAGGCCCUGAACUGCUGGAGAACUGGCUCUCGGAGACUGGCCUGUCGAUGGAUGAGCCAUGGCUGGAUUUUACGAGCAGAAACGACGAGCUUGGCAAUGUCGAGGGGACGUUGCCGUGGGAUGGAACAACCGACUGGCUGCUGGACUACCAAGAUUUUGGCAUGUGCAGCUCAAACUCAGUCGACAGUUCAGUGUUCCAUGCCUCAAACGGAUCGAACUUCUAA